AUGGCCAGGUAUCCCGGGGUUGACAAAAUCAGCAACAGCAAGAAGACAGUGAAAAAGGGUGCUUGGAGUGCUGAGGAAGACCAGAAACUUGUGGCUUAUAUCAUGCAAUAUGGCAUUUGGAGCUGGACUCACAUGGCCGAACCUGCUGGCUUGGCAAGAACCGGAAAGAGUUGCCGACUUCGGUGGAUGAACUAUCUGAGGCCCAACAUCAAGCAUGGCAACAUCACCAAAGAAGAGGAGGAAAUCAUUAUCAACUCGCACCAAGUUCUUGGUAGUCGUUGGGCCACAAUCGCAAGUAGGCUUCCAGGAAGGACGGACAAUGAGAUAAAGAACUACUGGAAUACUCGCUUGAAAAAACGCUUCAUCCAGGAAAAGUUGGAAAUGCCAAUUGCAUGUGAUGCAAAAGUUAACUCCAAUCCAAAUAAUAUUUUAACCCACCAAAAUCCAUCUACUUCCAUUCUUCAUCCUACAGAAGCAACAAAAUUUGGAUCUCCCCAGGAUAUUCCAACACUAUAUGCAAGCAGCUUGUGCCCAUCUUAUGAAGUUCAUCAUGGUGACAAAACCCUAGUGAAUCGCUGGCACUCUGCGGGCAAUAUAAUUGGAGAAGAUGCAAACUUUUGGGAACAAUUGCUUUCUGUGAAAGAUUUUAGCGCAAUAGAAGAUUUGGAGGGUAUGUGCCAGAACUUGGGAAGUAUAUCGCCUUCUUAUGGGGGUAUGUACUCCGAUUGUGUGUAUUUUGGUGAUUCCUACGACGACUUCACCGUAGAUUUAUGGGCAAACUGA